GAAAAAUCUCGCCAGAAAUUAGAAUUCCUUCCACCUUUCUGGCUCGCACCCCCCCCCCCCCCCCCCUGUCUUCUCUCCGAGUCCGCUCCGAUGCCGUUGCCUCUCUCCUCCACCUCAUCAUAAACGCCUCCGGCUCCGACGGCCUCUUCCCGGACCCAAACCCUAGCCGCGCACUCGCCGACCACGCCGAGCUCGCCGGAACCCGCCCGACCCGAGCACAAUUCCGCUCGGGUCGCAGCCGAUCCGGCGGCUCCCCUCCCGGACAGCCCGGGGCCGUGCCCCCCCGCGGAUGCUAGCCUGAUCGCGUCCCCACGGUCGAUGGGUUCGCCGGGGUCCGCCAAUGGCAGACGCGGCGAGUACGUGAGGAUCCCGGAGGAGGUGGAGGUGGCGGCCAAGGGGGAGGCCGACACCGCGACGGCCCUCAAGGCGGCCGCCGCGGCGGAGUGCCCGAGGGUGCUCCGCUGGCGCGCGAUCCGGUGGUGGGCCAAGGUCGCCGUGCUCGGGAUCUUCCUCGCGGGGGCCGGAGCGGCGGCCGUCGUAUUCCUCGGCCCGCUCGUCAUUAAGAAGGUUGUUGCACCUAUUCUUUACUGGGAAUCAACAACUUUCAGCAGACCAGCUAUUGCUCUAAUAUGUUUUGGCGCAAUUGCCUUGUUCCCAAGUGUUUUGUUACCUUCUUCACCAUUCAUGUGGAUUGCGGGGAUGACUUUUGGAUAUCUUUAUGGGUUUUUAAUAAUCCAAGCGGGGAUGAGCAUAGGCAUGUCAUUGCCUUAUUUUAUAGGCUCUGCAUUCCACUGUAGGAUACAUAGAUGGUUGGAGAAGUGGCCAAAGAAAGCAGCUUUUGUAAGGCUUGCUGGCGAAGGAGAUUGGCAUCAUCAAUUUAGGGCUGUUGCUUUGCUCAGGAUUUCUCCAUUUCCAUAUAUAGUUUUUAACUAUGCUUCUGUGGCUACAAAUGUCAAAUAUUGCCCAUACAUAGCUGGUUCAAUGGCUGGAACCAUACAUGAAACUUUCCUUGCAAUAUACAGUGGGAAACUUCUUCAAAGCUUGGCUGUAGCAACUAGCGAGGGGUCCUUCUUGUCAGUGGAUCAGAUUAUCUACAAUGGAAUCGGCUUCACAAUCGCUGCAGCUUCCACUGCUGCAAUCACUAUCUAUGCAAAGAAAGCGCUUCAAAAGCUCCAAGCAGAGGAUGAUAUAUUCUGAGCGCAAGAGGCCUGUGCUCCGGACCAAACUAGUUUCCAGUCAGAUGUACUAUAUAUAAACAUUUGCUACUAAUCUGGUUUCCUGUGUCGACUACCUGACUACAACCAUCUGAGGGGAUGAGAGUGCUGCAGCAACUGUAAAGAAAAUAGAGAUCCAGAGAACACUUAUGUUUUCUGUUUUUUUUUUCUUGUUUUGUUUUCUGUAGAGAGAACCAUCAACUUCGUCAUUGUAUUGCGUUACGCGAUGUAAAUUCCUAUGGAAAAACUUACUUCCCUUCCUUUCACCAACUACAAAG